AUGUAUCCGAAGCUUCUUGCGAGCGUCUACUCGACUGUGCGAUUACUGCGCUUCUACAACUGCUCGCUGCCUGUAGAGUUGUGGUACCUCGAGAAUGAAAGGGGCACUAAUCUGCUAAACGAGUCGCAAACACGUGUGGACGGAUUUAACACCAAGGUGUUUGCAUUGGCGCAUUCAGAGCUUGACCAGAUAUUGUUCCUUGACGCCGAUAAUUCGCCAGUUAGGGACCCGACGUAUCUCUUUACGACACCGACAUUUGUGGAGAAUGGUGCAAUUUUCUGGCCGGAUUUCUGGCACCCGAUGAAGACAAUCUUCAACAUUAACAAAGAAUCGUUUUUGUGGGAGCUGGUGGGCACACCAUACGUGGACAUGUUCGAGCAAGAAAGCGGUCAACUAUUAAUCGACCGGCGCAGAUCGGAAGUAGCGCUGGAGAUCGUGCAGUUCUUGGCGCUUCGAAAGCCUAAUCACUUCGAGCGCCUCAAACUGCUACAUGGAGACAAAGAUCUUUUCCGUUUGGCGUGGCUGAAGACCAACACCUCAUUUCACAUGAUUCAAACCCCUGCUGCGGCUGCAGGUUCUGUAAUUGGCAACCAGUUCUGUGGCAUGACUAUGGUACAGCAUGACCCAAGGAGAAAUUUUGUUCUUACACCACAACGGCAAGAAGCUGAUUAA